AUGGUUAAAUUCGGCCAAGUAGUUAUGGGACCUCCGGGAUCGGGGAAAUCAACAUACUGCGCUGGUGCCAAACAACUGAUGAAUUCCUUGGGACGUGCUGCAGCAAUAGUCAAUCUUGAUCCGCAGGUCACGUCAUUCGAACUCCCAUACACUCCCGAUGUCGACAUCUGCGAGCUUGUUGAUAGCUCAAAUGUCGCUGAUACUUUUGAGCUCGGGCCCAACGCUUCGCUUUUGUACGCCAUGGAUUAUCUUCUGGCAAAUUUGGAUUGGUUGACGGACAAGAUUACUGGACUAGGAGAUGUGUAUGUACUAUACGAUAUACCAGGACAAAUUGAGCUAUUCACUCACCAUACGGCACUAAAAGAUAUCAUAGAGACCUUGCAGCGUAAGCAUGACCACAGACUCAGCGGAGUUAAUCUUAUCGACUCCACAUUAUGUGCCGAUCCAUUCAAAUAUGUUGCAGCAUUACUUACGUCCCUAAGCUGCCAAAUAUUCAUACAAUUGCCUCAUGUUAACGUAUUGAGCAAGCUGGAUCUUUUGAGUAUGUUUUCCAAGGAACUGGCAUUCAACCUUGAGUUCUACACAUCGGUCUCAUCCCUUGAAGAAUUGAUUAAUUUUUUCAAGCAGUCGUCGUCAUAUCGGCACAACAAACGUUUCGAAAAAUUCACGGCAGCCCUUUGCGAAUUGAUCGAUGAUUUCAAUUUGGUCUCCUUCGCGACUCUUGACGUGCAAAAUCGCAGUUCAAUGAUAAAACUCAUUAAACUCGUUGACAGAGCAACUGGUUACGUAUCAGGACCGGCAUUUGAUGAUUUUGAUCUGGAUGCAUAUUCUGACCUGGACUACCGGGCCAGCUACAGCGAUGAAGAAGCCAAUGAGGAGUCCCCGGCGUGA